CUAGGAUUGUGUAUUAGCAGAGCUUCAGCAUCUGUCCUCAACCUGAACUGCAGCCUGGUCCUUUUACCGAUGUGCCGUAUUCUCCUGGCCUUCCUCCGAGGAUCUCAGAAGGUUGCCAGCAGGAAAACAAGAAGGCUGUUGGAUAAAAGUAAAACUUUCCAUGUAACAUGUGGUGUUACUAUAUGUGUCUUUUCAGUCUUACAUGUUGCCGCACACCUGGUGAAUGUCCUUAACUUCUCUGUGAACUAUACUGAAGAAUUUUUGGCGCUAAAUGCAGCAAACUACCGCGGUGAGGACCCCAGGAAACUCCUUUUCACUACUGUUCCAGGACUGACUGGGGUCCUGAUGGUGUUAGUUUUAUUCCUAAUGUGCACAGCUUCUACAUAUGCUAUCAGGCUUUUGAACUACGAUAUCUUCUGGUACACACACAACCUCUUCUUUGUCUUCUACGUGCUGCUGCUGGUGCAUGUUUCUGGAGGAGUGCUUAAAUACCAGACUAACCUAGAGGAACACCCUCCUGGCUGCUUUCAUCCUAACACAACUCUCCGAGAGGAUAUUCCAGUGCCAGGCACUUUUGAAGAACCUUUUCCUGAAUACGCUCCUGAGCCUUUCCCAGCAGAACUGGAACCAUUUGUACAAAAUAAUUUUGUGAGAAUUUGCGCUGAGGAACCCAAGUUCCAGUCGCACUUCCCAGAGACUUGGCUUUGGAUUUCUGGACCUUUGUGCUUAUAUUGUGCAGAAAGGCUCUAUCGCUAUAUCCGCAGUUACAAACCAGCCACGAUAACUUCAGUGAUAAGCCAUCCCUCUAAUGUCCUUGAACUACGAAUGAGGAAAGAAAACUUUAAAGCAAGGCCUGGUCAGUAUAUUAUUCUGCACUGUCCAAGAGUGUCAGCAUUAGAAAGCCAUCCAUUUACGCUCACAAUGUGUCCUACAGAUACCAAAGCAACAUUUGGGGUCCAUCUUAAAAUAGUGGGAGACUGGACAGAAAGAUUUCGAGAUUUACUGCUUCACCAUUCAAGUCAGGACACAGAGAUUCUACCCAACUUUCAACAAAGGAAUUACCCCACGCUAUACAUAGACGGUCCUUUCGGGAGCCCCUCUGAAGAAUCCUUGAAUUAUGAAGUUAGCCUCUGUGUGGCUGGAGGCAUUGGAGUAACUCCAUUCGCAUCAAUACUCAACACGCUGCUUGAUAACUGGCAAUGCUACAAGCUCAGAAGACUUUACUUUAUUUGGGUGUGCAGGGAAAUCCAGUCUUUUCGCUGGUUUGCAGAUUUGCUGUGUAUGCUGCAUAACAAGCUUUGGCAGGAAAACCGCCCAGACUACAUAAACAUCCAGCUGUACCUUAGUCAAACAGAUGGGAUACAGAAGAUAAUUGGUGAAAAAUACCAGGUCCUGAACUCGAGGCUUUUGAUUGGACGACCUCGUUGGAAACUCCUUUUUGAUGAAAUAGCCAAGUGUAACAGACAGAAAACUGUUGGCGUUUUCUGUUGUGGACCAAAUGAAAUCUCCAAGGUACUCCACAAAUUGAGCAACAGCAGCAACUCCUAUGGGACAAGGUUCGAAUACAAUAAAGAAUCCUUCAGCUGAAAGUCUUGGGACUAACAGGACUCUAUGGAAGAAAGAAGUGCAAUUAUUUUUUGUAAGACUUAAGAGUCAGAGCUUUGUGCUAAGCAGAUACAGUAUACCAAAGAGUAGCAGGUUUUCUUAUUUAUGAUUAUUUAAAAUUCUGAAAUAAGGACACAGCAGAGUACCAAGUCACAUCAAGUGUUUAUGCUCAAAGCCAAAAGCUCUCAGAAAAUAUUUAUGAUGGUUGGGAUGAUUCAUUUAUCAGUAUGUAAAUUAAUUUAAAAAACGGAAACACACGGUUGCUUUUAUGGCUGAUUCAAGAACAGUCCAUGGAACAUCUGAAAUUUCUCCACUUCAUCUUGCUAACCUCAGUCCUCUGAAAUUGGGAUUGGUUAAACGAACACCAGAUUGAUCAGAAUUAAAAGUGCUCUGCAAGACAGAUGGUGCUCUUUACUGGCACACAAAUGAAAUGGCUUUGAAAUGGAGAAACUCCAGGCCAAAAAUAUUAGAUGAUUUAAAUAUUGCAGAUUAGGAUUCUGUAUGUAAAAUAUAAAAGUUUAUUCUCCCUAGCCUUCCUCCCUACUGGAUAGCUGUCUGGUAGGGAUAUAUAUUGAGGGCUUACCCCAGACUAUGCGAAAGUGGGUGCAACCCUAUGAAAUCUCUGGGCCAAAUCCUAUGGUGAUGUAAAUGACAGGUGGGGUGUAAAUUGGCCCAUAGAGGUACUAGUGUAACUUCUAUCAGUUUGAUACUGAAUGAGUUCACAAAAAGCGUAUGACUUAUGUACCUAGAGGGAAUUGGAUCAGGAAAAACAACUAGCAGGAGAAGGCAAGAUAGGAUAUUUCUGCUAUACCCCCAAGUCACCAUGGAAGACACACACACACACACACACGCAGAUGAAUGAGUUCAAGCUGCCCUUUUUAGGUGCCUCUGCUGAUGAGUUUACAGCUCACGUACUCCAUAGUGACUCAAGUUGACUUCAGCCUCUCAACUGACUUGAGUGCAUUGAUGCUGAAUUUCACCGAUAUAACUGAGAGGAGAAUUGGGGCAGAUAUGUCAUUUGCAUCACCAUUUGUAAUAUGGUAGGAAUUAGCCUUAAUUGCUGUGACCCUUUACUUGGGGUGUGCUGAUGGAAGCCUUGGCCAGUCUACAGGAUUGUUGUUGUUUUUCUGUUCCAAGAGCUUCAGAACAUGAGCUUUCUCCCCUACCAUCCAUUUCCCAAUCUGUACAUAAUAAGUGGCAGGAAAUCAGAACCCACUGGCCCUGAGGAGCAACAUUUCCUCUAUCCCAUUGCCUUGGUCUCUUUUAUUUCUUCUUUAGUGCCCCAGUUCUGUUUCCUCAUAGUCAAGUUCUGCUCUGAGGAUAAAUAGGGCACUAAAGACGUACACAAUCGGGGAUCAGUAUAGUUCCAUUGAUUUUAAUAGAAUGUCACUGAUUUUGAGUGGAUCUGCCCCUUAAUCUUCACCCAAACCUCAAGAGCAUCACCUCUAGAAUACUUGUGGCAUCCACUGAAGCAGGAGGGUCUCAGCACCACUCAUAACUGUGACUCUCCCAUAUGUUAGCACUUUGCACUUUGGUUUAGUUUAUGGCUUUCAACUCACCCUUUUUUUAUCACCUGAACUUCUUAAUUUUCAGCAUGCAGAAGCAGCCCUGCACCGGUGCCUGGUGAUAUCAAUGUCUGUAUUAAGAGGGGUGCAUUCUUUCGGUAGCUCAUACACUGGCUUGCUGCAUGUGUGACAAGUGAAAAUGAGGUUGGUCUCGGCUUUUGCAGCUGCUGCUCAGGAGACGCCACGACUGGAAUAGUAGGUCUGAAGGGCCUUGGCAGAGAGGUGUGGAGAAAAUUUCCUGGCACUUGUCUAUGCCGGAGAUAGACAAAUGCCACCAGCCCCUCAUUUUACUCAGUUUGAAGUAAAUGGAAGGGGGAAAGUGGUUGUUUUCGGGUUGGCUGGGAUUUGCCAAGGAGCCUAAAGGAGUUAGGUCCCCAAAUCCCUUGGAAGUUCAGUGGCUGCCUAAAUCCCACCCACUGAUUUUUGGGGCCUAAUUCACUAAAUGAUUUGUAGAUUAAUAGCGUUUUAAGGCCAGAAGGGACCAUUAUGGUCAGCUAGUCAGGCCUUCUGUAGAUAGUUACUGCAAUGUAAAACUGGAGAAUCAGACCCUUUAUAUUAAUAAUUAAUAUUUCUGUUGCCAUCUGUAUUAGCUUAAAAUUAAAUGUAAUAUAAUGCUGCCAGCAAUCUGUACAGUGAUGAGAUAUUGCCAUGCACAGGGGGUUUUUUGUGGUUCGUUUAUGACAAGUGAUAUCAUAACUGCAUCACCCCAUCUCAAAAAAGAUAUAUUGGAAUUGGAAAAGGUUCAGAAAAGGGCACCUAAAAUUAUUAGAGCUAUGAAACAGCUUCUAUAUGAGGAAAGAUUAAUAAGUUUGGGACUUUUCAGCUUAAAAAAGAGACGACAAAGGGGGGAUAUGAUAGAGGUCUAUACAAUCAUGACUGGUGUAGAGAAAGUAAAUAAUAAAGUGUUAUUUACUCCUUCUCAUAACACAAAACUAGGGGUCACCAAAUGAAAUCAAUAGGCAGCAGGUUUGAAACAAACAAAAGGAAGUAUUUCGUCACACAAUGCACAGUCAGCUUGUGGAACUCUUUACCAGAGGACGUUGUGAAGGCCAAGACUAUAACAACAGGGUUCCAAAAAAAGAACUAGAUAAGUUCCUGGAGGACAGAUCCAUCAGUGGCUGUUAGCCAGGAUGGGCAGGGAUGGUGUCCCUAGCCUCUGUUUGCCAGAAGUUGGGAAUGAGUAACAGAGGAUGGAUUAUUAGAUGAUUACCUGUUCUGUUCAUUCCCUCUGGAGCACCUGGCAUUGGUCACUGUCGGAAAACAGGAUACUGGGCUAGAUGGAACUUUGGUCUGACUCAGUAUGGCCGUUCUUAUGUUCUUAUUUGUUAACCCAGUGGGUCUCAAACUUUUUUUACUGGUGACCCCUUUCACAUUGCAAGCCUCUGAGUGCAAUCCCCCUAAUAAAUUAAACACCCUUUCAAAUAUAUUUAACACCAUUAUAAAUGCUGGAAGCGUUUGGGAUGGAGGUUGACAGCUCAUGACCCCCCGCCAUGUAAUGACCUCACGACCCCCUGAGGGGUCCCGACCCCCAGUUUGAGAAUCCCUGUGUUAAUCACAAGUGCAGAUAUAAUGAUCUUUAUUCUGUUGCUUUAGCUUCUCUAGCAACUACCUAUAAAAAUGUUUAUGGUUGCUUGCUUUCUCUCUGGUAUAUAGCUGUUCCGUUAACAUACAAAGAGCAAACACUUUUCUAGGUUGUAUAGCUUGACACAACUCAAAUAUAAGUGAUGCCUUAUAAUUAAAAGAAUAAUGAGCUAUCCUCUUAAUCCAAAUGAUAGGAGGAGCUGGUGCUGUCCUUAUGAAUUUUAGAAGACUAGUAUAUAGGUAGGGAGGGUUGUCAGAACAGGGGAUAAAUAGUUAGAACCCUUGGCUUCAACUUCUAUUUAAGGCAUUGCCUUUUCUGAUCUUGGGGGGCAUCACUUUGCCUUCCUGUAUCUUAGUUUCCCCAUCUAUAAAAUGGGAUUAAUACCAUCUACCUCAGAGGGGUUUUGUUAGGCUUACUUGAUGUUUUUGAAGCACUUUGGCAGUGCUACAACAAAAGUUGCCUUUGUCUUUAUUUGCAUUAUUAUUUUUUGUGGUGCUCUGAAUCCUGGAUCUUUCAGCAUUGCUCAGGUCUGAGUACUCUCUCCACAUUGUGGAGUGAAUUGAAGAAGAGGCUCAAAGCCUGAAUUACUUUGCUUUCCUUGAGGCAUGCUUUUUACAGCAGCAAAAAGAUUAAGGGCUGGGGAUUGUGACACUGAAAUCUUGCCUUGUUGACUUCAGUAGCAGCAAAUGUUAUUGACAAAUAGACCCUUCUGGAGGCUGCCCUACACACAGUGCUUUUGAGUGUACAGACUGGCAAAAAACAGUGCAGUGCCCUUCUACUACACAGCGUUUUCACCCCAGGCCAAGAAGAUAUAAAAAUAAAUGCCAGGAAAGUGAGUGCUUAAUUCCACAUUUACAGAUCAACCGGAUUUGCAUGACUGAACGUCUCUUUGUGCUUUGAAACAUGCCAUAUAAGCCAGGCCAUCAGGAGCUCCCUACUGUUUGGGAGAAUCCCUCUGGGUAUUGUACCAUUUCUUGCUUGAUACAUCACAAAGAUUUUUACAGCAGGUGCCUUUCUCUGUCUGCCUUAUGUGUCACUAACCUUUCAGUGCUUUUAUUUUUGUGCAUUGAAAAUGGCACGAACUCCUCUCAUCCCAUGAUUGAAGCCACCCCCACUGUCUUGUGUGACAUUCUGCCCUCUCUAACAACCCCUGAGGAGCUGGGCUUGGUGCAGGAGACUAGUGCAGCGUUUACGUUGGCGGGUGCUGACUCUGACAAGCAGUCACAGUAAAGUCACUGGGGCUACUCAUGUGAGUAAGUGCUUGCCAUUUGGCACUAAGGAUUGCAUAACUGAGCCUGAAUGGGGACAACUGGGGACUGGGUAGGGUUGGCAAAGGUUGAUAUCCAUUCCCACCAUUCGCAGACACAUUCCUGAGUUGCACUGCCGUACCUCCGGGGCCAUUAUUUCAGUCAUGUGCUGGUAGUAAGUGCUGCUUCUCCUACAGGGGAAUUAGGGUUGUGGGAUCUGGAUAGUCAAUGUCCUAUGGCCCCUUUCUUGGCCUGCCCAUAAAUCUCCCUUUGCAGCAGCCUAUUUGGGGCCAGCAUGGAGACCCCUUCCAUUGCACACAGGGUAUGCAGCCGCACAUGCAGUUUCCACCACAAUCCCACUAUGUAAGUUUUGUAGUGAUCCUUGCGUGUGGGCUGUUUGCAGUGUGGCUGAGUUUCAGCCCUCAUGCUCAGUGGGGUAAACCUCAGGGAGGGAGAAGCACCUAAAAUCAACAUUGGCAUAAGAACAAAGGGCUGUCAACCAGCCAUGAGUACAUUCAGGCUGGAAAUUAGAAGAAGGUUUCUCACCAUCAGAGGAGUGAGGUUCUGGAAUGGCCUCCCAAUAAGAGAAGUUGGGGCAAGAAACCUAACUGGCUUUAAGAUGGAAGUUGCUAAAUUUAUGAACGAGAUAAUAUGAUGGGGUUUCCUGCAGUAGCAGGGGACUGGACUGGAUCGCCUGGGAAGUCCCUUCCAGUCCUGUGUUAUGUUGAUGAUUUUCACGUCUCAUGUUAGUAGACAUGCCGUACCAGGGGCCAGUUCUGAUCUCAUGCUGACGUAACCCAUGGGCUUCACUGCAAUACCUCUAGAUUCAUAUCCAGCACAAACAAGAACAGAAUUCAUUCCAGGGCUUUAAAUCCUACUAGCAUGUGAAUGGGAGGAGAAUGGCCGACUAGGAGUUGGCUGGGAAGGUGUAAAUAGUGAGCAUGAUGGGCUGACUGCUUGGGAAGCUGUAAUUCUAGUCCCAUAUAAAAAAAAAAUCACAGGAGUAAUGGUUUAGCAAGAGGUUUGUUCUCCAAGCUAAAAACCCUGCAUUCAGAGAGAGCCAGCCCACCGGGCUAUGGUUUUAAACAGUAAGACAUUGUUUGAAGAAGCCUGCAGGAGGCUAAUAAGUUGUUGCCAGUAGCAGGCAAGGAGUAAGAAGACAGUUAUUAAAAAGCAAGGUUUACUUGUAACGAAAUAACUGGUAUGAGGAUUAAUUUCUACCUCAGCUGAGCAGUUAUUUCAUAUGCGUAUCAGCAUGAUUUAAGAAAAAGCUGGAUCUGCUCCUCUGUAGAUUAUACAUCCCAUUUUACUACCGUUUUUUUCACAGAGGCAAUAUUUUUAAAAGAGUUCAACACUAAAGAUUGGAAGCUCAUAAAAAUAUCUCAGGCGUGCGAGCUGAACUGACCUUUACUGUAAUGGAGGUGCAUCUUGCAUGGGUACGUAUAUUCCAACUGGAGAGUUUCCACCAUGUUCUGAAUUCUAAUAUCAAGUCUGAAUUUCUUCUUCUGCUGGUGGAAAUCAAGAGUAAUAACGUGCAUUGAGGCUACUGUGAAGUUGCACUGGUGUAAGAGCAUGUCACUAAGAUGAGACUCUUUGGUCCCCAAUAUGAGCCUGAUUUGUCAAGGAGCUGAGCAAAUCCUGGAGGUUUUAAGGAUUCUCCAACAAAGCUGAGGGUGCUCAGUGCCAUGAGUCGGUCAGAAUCGGGCCCUAUGACACCUUUCAGUGGCUCAGCAUGUGCAAUGCAUUGUCAUACCCAAAGGUUUCAAGCAACAAAGGCCAUUUCUUCAAGUGCUUAUAUUAAUGUAUGUUGAUUAAUAAUUAAUCACUAUUGUAUUAAUCACAUUACCUACCUUGUAGCACUGAGGGGAGCAGUUACAGUAUCACAGAAAUCCAUCACGUAAUGUGCCAAGUACAUUAUGGGCCGACUUCUGAACAUCUGGGCUGACUUAGACUUGCUGGGGCCUGGGGCCAAAGCCCAAGGUUUAGGUUACAGGCCCCCUGCCUGGGCGGAAGCCCUUGAGCUUUUGUCCCUCUGCCCAGGGUGGUGGGGUUCAGGCUUUGGACCCCCCACCUGGGGCAGCGGGGCUCGGGUGGGCUCAGGCUUCCGUCCCCCUUCCUGGGGUCUUGUAGUAAUUUUUGUUGUCAGAAGGGGGUCUCAGUACAAUGAAGUAUGAAAACCCCUGCUCUAGAUACAUACCAUUAUAAUGGGGGAGGUGCAGAAAGCAACAAAUCAAAUGACAGCCUGGCUUUUAGCGGAGACCUUGAAAGUCUGAGCACAGGACCAUGUCAAAUUUCAAUAAAAUCACCCACCCACAACAUAAGUGCCUUCCUCUAUGCCUCCUGUCAAAAUCUUCCUAUCCCCCAACCCGAGAUGUACGCCUUUUGGCUGGUGAUUUGUAAUAUUCUGACCUGGGGCCGGGGGAGAAGCCAUGAGAAGAUCCUGAAGCUGCGGGUAAGUGUUGUCAUAAUAUAUUAAUCCAAAGAUGCUUCAAGAAAAAGCUCUGUAACUAGAGGGGAGGGAGGAAGGAUAUUUUCCUCAAAUGGAGGAGAUAGGAAAUAUAUAGAGCCAGGGAGCAGCCACGAUGCAGAAGGGAAAUUUUCCCUGGUUUACCAGACUCCACAGGAAUCAUUCCCAUUGUCAAAUAAGGUGCAGAUAUAUUAUUGCAAUAAUUCUGAACUAAUGCUUGCAAACAAAAACCCUUCCUAUGCAAAACUCAGAGUUAAAAUACCGGCACUCAGAGGAAAUCUGGAAUAAUUUGGUAAAUGCCUUAGAAGUAUGUAGUGCAUUUGAAAUACAAAUACCACUGGCUAUUUCUAAGUUACCAUUUUUAAAAGGCCGUAUCAGCUUCUGUCAUUACUGCGUUUUAUUUUUCGGAGUGCAGUGCCUUUUUAACUCCUUCACUGCCACUCUCUGUUUGCAAGCACGGUCCUUCACUCCAAGUGGCACUGACGGUUUGAUAAAUAAAUCGUGGGUUAGUUGCUGUUGACCCUAGGUAAGGACAAACUUGACAAUGAGAAGCAGAGUUCCAUAAAUGUCUACGGUACCUAGCAACACGGGGAGGAGAGAAGCUGCUGCAUUACUUCUGGUGCACCACUAGCACAUUAAAAUUCUGUCAUUGCAAGGUCACAGUGUGAGUCUGAUAUUCCUCUACCCCUGGGGAAGAAUUUUAGAAGGGAAAGAGAGUGAGAACCUUCGUUUCACACUGUAGUAAUGUAGCCAAGAGUAUAUUCAUCUCUAUCAGAGCAUUUAUUUCAGUUUUGAAAUACUGCAUCAUUUCUUUCAGCGAUGAAGAAUCCUCCCCUGGUUCAGAGUAGAGUUGUUUGCGUGUUCGAAAUGUAACACUUGCUUUGAACAGAAUAAAUAAAGCAUCCCAGCAUUGCCGUCUCCCCGUAAUAAUCCCAGAGAAAGGCAAAAGACCAGAGAGCACAUGUAAUGAGUGGAAUGUGUCCUGAGUUGCACUCAGUGCAGAGUGAUUAGGAAUGCUGCACAGCAUUCUCUGUGAACUCCCAGGCAGAGGCAAGCUAUAGACAGAGGGAAACAGCAGUUGGGAAGAGGAAUACAGCAGCUGUGUGAGUAAAGCUGGUCCGGAAUUUUUCAAAAAAAUGUUUUUCUUCGGAAAAUGUUGAAUUAUCAAAACUAAAACUGUGAGCGGAAGUGCUUGGGUUUUGACAACAAUUUCCUCGGGACCAGGCUGGAAAUUCACAUAAGGUGGAGAGAGAGGCCACCCCAGAAUAGUUAAGAGCCCAUUGGUUAGGCACUACCUCUGCCCCAUCACAACACAAGGUUCCAUUAUUUCUCCCCCCCUCCAAUAAAAGUGCAUUUUAUUCAAACUGACCUGUGGAAACACCAUCUCAGCUCCAAGUUUACAUACGUUCCCGGCUGAAACACUGGGUUAAAAAAGUAGGCAUUUCCAAAGGGGUGUAAGGAACCUAUAAUGGGAUUAUCAAAAGCACCUAGGCACCUGUCUUUCCUGUAUAUUUUGAUCUUGAUUGUUACUCUAAGGGCUGAAUUCUCUUGUUGUUGUUUGGGGAGGGGAGGGUUGUUUUGUUUUGUUUUUUACUACUCUCUUAUUCCUAGGUCAGAUGUAGGAUUCGCUUUCCAUGUCAGCUCUUUUUCUAAAUUGUUUGGUGCUCAUGGGAGGCAAUGUAGAUUAUUGGUUUGGUUAGAGAUGGAAACAGUAGAUCAGGAAUCUGGGGGUCCAUUGCCUGGUCUGCCAUAGAUUCACUAUGUGACAUUGGUCAAAUGACAUAACCUAAGAUUUUGAGCAGGAGUUUAAGGGAUUCAGGAAUUUGAAUGAGAAUUUGACUCAUAACUGCAUUAGGUUCCACUUUUAAAAUCCCAAGCUAAAUAUCUCGGUCCCUGAGUCUGCGCAUCUGUAAAAUGGGGAUAGUAAUAUAUACUUCACAGGGAUGUUGUGACAAUCAAUUAUUGUAAAGCACUUGACGUUCCUCAAAUGAAAAGUGCUAUGGAUUUGCCAAGUAUUAUUAUGUCUAUUGUUAUAUCAUAGUGCUAUGAGUCACUGAAUCUUCCCACAUUACUAAUUUAUAUAGAUAAAUUGCAAGAUUCUUUUGCACUAGAGCAAGAAUGCCCCUUUUCCAAAAUUACUGAAUUACCAUUUUAUCUCGAUGGCCAUCCUGACAAGCAAACCAUUCUUCUGGGUUCUUUUGCUGUUCAUGUGUCGUUGAGCAACAUUGUGUUCCAUUAUAUUACCAGGAGGUACUAACUUGGGUUCAUGCCUUGUACUGUAUUUGACAAAGCACUGUACAUUACUCAUGUAAUUACUGCACUGUAUUCUCAAGGUAUUCACUUCACAGAAAACAUCAUGACUUCGGAAUAAAUAAAAUAUUCCACCACUAUCAAAACAUGGUAGAGCAGCUGAGUUGGGAACUGGUUUUAGUUCAUGACGUACUGCUUUAAUUAACAUAGAAGCACUGUGUGUAUAUAUAUUUGUUAGUACUGUAAGUAAACUUGAAGCAUUUUGCAUGGCAUAUUUUGGAAACACUCAUUUCAUUUGCCACCUAUUGGGAUCUCAAACAAAUACACAAACAAUGGAAACAGGAAACUGGGCCAAAAAUGUUCCUGUUGUAACUCCAGUAAUGAGAUCAAAUCAAACACAGGGAUGGAUUUGUCCCAUUUGAACAUACGAACCGCAUUUCACGAACACUAGCUUCAGAAACAAUGCCGGUCAUCUAAGCUCUGAACAUCUCUUCUAGAAUGCAAGGAUAGAAGAAAACUAUAGGCAGCGUUGAGAUAGACUGAUUCUACACCCACUGAAAUCAAUGGCAAAUCUUCUGCUGAUUCCAGUUGUGACCUUAAAAAGCUUCUUCUGAUAUUAGCAGUAGUAAGGAUUUCAGAAAGAUCCCAUAUACAAUGGGGAAUACCAUUAGUGGUCCCUGUUGAGCAAAGCACCUAAGUUCAUACUUAACUCCUGGCAUGUGCCUAAAAUUCAUCCUUGUUGGGUAAAGUAUUUCACGUAAGGGACUUACUUAAGCACGUACUUAAGUCCCACUGAAGUCAUUGGGGUUUAAUGAUGUAUUUAAGGUUAUGUAUGACUUUGCUGAGUCAGAACCAGAACCAGGAAUCUCUGUCUCAAAAAAAAAAAAAUGUAAGUGCUUGAUCCAACCUCCAUUGAUGUUGGUGAGGCUUUCCAUUGACAUUAGUGGGAGCUGGAUCAUGGCUCCAGUGCACCCACUGUCUUGGAAAGUCUCAAUCCUGCAAAGAGCCCAGAGCUACCGAGAGGUGCCUAGUGCCCCUAAUUCUGACCGGCCUCAGCCCUACAACACUUUGUAAUAUAAGGGCCUGACAUGAAAAUGAUAUGAGGAAAAUUCUACUUGCUGUGGAGAAAAACUGAAAGCAAUUUGUGUGCAGACUACUUCAACGAUUUCAGAAUAAUUAUCAAAAUCAAUACUUUUUUUGUGAGAAACCAAAAAGAAAUAAUUAAUAUAUAUAAGUAUUCAUAUAGAAAUUGUGCCUUGUUACUUCUUCACACGAGUGUGGUGGGGGCUAGGUUGGUUAGUUUAACAAUAAGAAGAUGAAACAAAAGACAUGUUAAAUUGUAAAUCAUGUGCGAAGGUCCAGUUAGGCAGGACAAGAAAAAGUUUAAAGAGCAACUAGCAAAAGACUCAAAAACUAUCAGCAAUAAAAUUUUCAAGUACAUCAGAAGCAGGAAGCCUGCUGAACAAUCAGUGGGGCCCCUGGACAAUUGAGGUGCUAAAGGAGCACUCAAGGAAGAUAAGGUCAUUGCAGAGAAGCUAAAUGAAAUCUGUGCAUUGGUCUUCACUGCAGAGAAUGUGAGGGAGAUUCCCACACCUGAGCCAUUUUUUUCAGAUGACGAAUCUGAGGAACAAUCCCAGAUUGAGGUGUCAAUGGAGGAGGUUUUGGAAAAAAAUGAUAAAUUAAGCAUUAAUAAGUCACCAGGACCAGAUGGUAUUUGCCCAAAAGUUCUGAAGGAACUCAAAUGUGAAAUUGCAGAACUACUAAUGUAACCUAUCACUUAAAUCAGCUUCUGUACCAGAUGGCUGGAGGAUAGCUAAGGUGACACUCAUUUUUUAAAAAGGCUCCAGAAGCAAUCCUGACAAUUAUAGCCCAGUAAACCUGACUUCAGUACCAGGUAUAUUGGUUCAAACUAUAGUAAAGAACAGAAUUAUCACAUACAUAUGUAACACUGACAGACCCCAGUCGUCGACAAGCGGGAUCGAAGCAGGGACCUCUGGAACUUAGUACAUGAGCCUCUAUCGCAUGAGCUAAAAGCCAACUGUCUGUUAGCUAAGGCUGUAGAGCAAACUCAUUAAUCUCUCUGGUCUCGGUGCCACUAGAUGGGACAGAACACCAUAGCCAGGAGGCGUGUGGAUUAAACAUAGAUUAACACAAUUUGUUAGAAAAGAGUCAACCCGAUUUUUGUAAAGGGAAAUCAUGCCUUGCCAAUCUACUAGAAUUCUUUGAGGGGGUCAAUAAACAUGUGGACAAGAGGGAUAUUGUGUACUUGAACUUUCAGAAAACCUUUGACACAGUCCCUCACCAAAGGCUCUUAAACAAAGUAAGCACUCAUGGGAUAAGAGGGAAGGUCCUCUCAUGGAUCCGUAACUGACUAAAAGAUAGGAAACAAAAGGUAGGAAUAAAUGGUUUUCAUAAUGGAGAGAGGUAAAGAAUGGUGUCCCCCAGGGGUCUGUACUGGAACCAGUGCUGUUCAACAUAUUCAUAAAUGAUCUGGAAAGGGGGGUAAACAGAGAGGUGGCAAAAUUUGCUGAUGAUACAAAACUACUCAAUAUAGUUGAGUCCAAAGCAGAUUGCAAAGAGUUACGAAGGAAUCUCACAAAACUGGGUGACUGGGAAACAAAAUGGCAGAUGAAAUUCAAUGUUGAUAAAUGCAAAGUAAUGCGAGUUGGAAAACAUAAUCCCAACUAUGCAUACAAAAUGAUGGAGUCUAAAUUAGUUGUUACUGAACAAAAAAGAGAUCUUGGAGUCGUUGUGGAUAGUUCUCUGAAAGCAUCUGCAAUCAAAAAAGCUAGCAGAAUGUUAGGCACCGUUAGGAAAGGGAUUGAUAAUAAGACAAAGUAUCAUAAUGCCACUAUAUAAAUCCAUAGUACGCCCACACCUUUAAUACUGCAUGGAGUUCUAGUUGCCCCAUCUCACAAAAGACAUAUUAGAAUUAGAAAAGGUACCGAGAAGGGCAACAAAAACGAUUAGAGGCAUGGUAUAGCUUCCAUAUUAGGAGAGAUUAAAAAGAUUGGGAUUUUUCAGUUUAAAAAAGAGACGACUAAGGAGGGAUAUGAUGGGGUCUAUAAAAUCAAGACUGGUAUGGAGAAAGGGAAUAAAAAAGUGUUAUUUACUCCUUCUCAUAACACAAGAACCAAGUGUCACCCAAUGAAAUUAAUAGCUGAUAUAAAACAAACAACAGGAAGUACUUCACACAAUGCACAAUCAACCUGUGGAAUUCGUGGUCAGGGAAUGUUGUGAAGGCCAAAGCUAUAACUGGGUUCAAACAAGAUUUAGAAAUGUUCAUGGACAAUAGGUCCAUCAAUAGCUAUUAGCCAAGAUGGUCAGGGAUGCCACUUCAUGCUCUUAGUGUUCUGAACCUCUGACUUCCAGAAGCUGGGAGAGGACGACAGGGGAUGGAUAGCUCGAUAUUGCCCUGUUCUAUCCAUUCCCUCUUGGGCAUCUGGCAUUGGCUACUGUCGGAAGAUAGGAUACUGGGCUAGAUUGACCUUUGGUGUGACCUAGUAUGACUGUUCUUAUGUUCUAAAUUCCUUUUCAGGGAUUUUUUUUUAUUGUUGGAAAAGAAACACAUGGAAAAAGCAAAUACCCCAUCUUCUACAGCAUGCAUGCUUUAGAAAUAAAGGAAAGUUGAUCUGUCAAGAUUUGUUCUUGUCCAACACUGGUGGAAUGAUUAAAACUAGAAUGGGUCAGAAAAUGCGGGGGGGAGUGUCCCCCAUGGAAAAUGUAGAUUUUUGUCAAAAUAUUAUUUUAUUUUAUGUUUGGCAACUGAAAAAUUUGGCCACAAAAAAGGCAUUGGUUUGCCAAAAAAAGUUUGGUAUGGGGAGGGGUUCAGUUUUCUGCCCCAAAAAAGCAAAUAUGUUUAAGGAACACUGCCCCUUUUUGCAAAAAUGUUUGUUUUAACUGAAAACUCCAAUUUUUGCUUGCUGGAUUUUAGAUGGAAAUUUUUUGACCAGCCCUAGUUAAAACAAACUGAAACAGCAGGGGGAGCUCCCACUGCAACAGCCAAUGAAUCGGGGGGAGCUUGGUCUCUUUGUUUUUAGCAGAGGGGUCAGAGCAGUGUUCUUCCAUUGGCUUCUUAAUUUAAUCUCUGCAUAGGGACACAGUGUGGCGUAUAAAUACUAGGUAAAAUGUGAUAAGCAGGUGUGAUGCUCUGUACGUUGGGGGAACACCCUGCACCCCCCUGUGCAUCCUCAUAAUAUGAUUGUGUGGUAUCCAAUUCAAAGUUUGUCAUAUUGGGUGUCUUUGGAAGGCUCAUGAUGCACUGAGCAUUGUUGUUAUAGUAAUGUUAUAGGUUGUAAUUUCAUGUAUGUAGUUAUGAGGCUGAAAAUGUGUCCUUACUGCUUAAAACAAGCCCAGGCAAAACUCUCCAGGAGCAGAGGGGCAGUUCACACCUCAUCAGGACAUGUAUGGGACAAACUCAGCCCAGCCUCACAGGAACAAAGGACACUGGCCUAGGCAGCAACAAAGGAUCUGUUGGACUCUCGAGUGAGUCACUCCCCUUCGCUUGAUCAGUUUGGGACUACAAUGAGGUAAUGCUCACCUGACUCUGAAGGGUGGGGGCAAAACCAAGAGGGAGGAAAGGACAUGAUAAAAGGGAGAGACAUUUGCCAUGCUCUCUCUCUCUUCCACCUCCAUCUACCACCAAGUGACUGAAGCGCUGAUCAAAGGGGAGAGCCUGGCUGAAGGGCAACCAGCCAGCCUGUGGUGAGAAGUAUCUAAAUUUGUAAGGGCACUGAAAGUGUUAAGAUCAGCUUAGAAUGUGCUUUGCUUUUAUUUCAUUUGACCAAAUCUGACUUGUGCUUUGACUUAUGAUCACUUAAAAUCUAUGUUUUGUAGUUAAUAAAUUUGUUUAUUCUA